UCGGUAAUUCUUUACCGAAAUCGCUUACUGCUGCAUUCGCAAUACUUUAUCCAUUAAGCAUAGCAAUGUCAACGUCAUCAUUAGAAAUAAGAACAAAUCAAAAUCAAUUAACACGUUCACCUAUAACCCCAUCAUUCUCUGAUGUGCCGGGACCACGUCAGGGAAUUUUAAUAAACACUGCAUGUGUAAUAAUAACUUUAUUAUCCCUAGCAUUGUUUAUAACAUUGGCCGCGUUAACUGGAUACUACGCGGAUAUUGAAGAUUAUGAGACUGCAAAUAAAUUGCUUACUUCUCAAAAUCUUGCUUGGUUUGUAUGGGGUUCCGUUUAUAUGAUUAUUGUUUUAUACCUUUGGGUUAAAUUUGUUGGCGUUGCUUGGGAUAAUAUGUCGGAUUUGGACCGUACACACGCUAUUAGAAGUACUGAACUUCAAACUAAAUUUGUUCAACUUAAGCGUGGUUGUAAAAAU